AUGUUUGUUUCUCAUUUCACUUCUCUCUUCUCUGUCUUCCUGUUCAUCUCUCUCAAAGCCUUUCUGUCCGCUUAUCUGUUUUGCUUUUCUCCUAUUCUAUAUGUCCAUUUUCUGUUUAUCCAUCUAUUUCUUGCUCACAUGAUGCUCUUUGUGGUCAAGCAGUCUAAAGAUUUUCUCUCUCCAUCCCCAAGGCUGUCCCAUCAGUCUUGCUCCUACCCUGUUUCUGUCUGUCCAUCUCACCAUAUUGUCUGUUUGUAUCUAUCUAUCUCUCCCAGCCAGUUCGUAUCUAUCUAUCUAUCCCAACCUGUUCAUAUCUAUCUCUCCCAGCCAGUUCAUAUCUAUCUAUCUAUCCCAGCCAGUUCGUAUCUAUCUAUCUCAGCCAGUUCGUAUCUAUCUAUCUAUCCCAGCCAGUUCGUAUCUAUCUAUCUAUCUAUCUCAGCCAGUUCGUAUCUAUCUAUCUAUCUAUCUAUCCCAACCUAUUUGUAUCUAUCUAUCCCAGCCUGUUCAGAUCUAUCUAUCCCAGCCUAUUUGUAUCUAUCUAUCUAUCUAUCCCAGCCAGUUCGUAUCUAUCCAUCUGAUUCUGUUCAUAUCUAUCUCAUUGCAUUUAUAUCUAUUUCAGUUUAUUGA